UCUUCCCGAGUCCCGACUGAUUAUCUAAAUAAGAAUCCGCUGAUAGCACAAUGAAGUUCAUAUAAUUUUCACUCUUUACACGAUUUUCUCGUUUUCUUUCGGUUACCAAAAUAAUAUUUGAACGACGACAACGACAAUGUCUUCGGAUUCAGACACAAUGCCGGGGAAGAUUUUUGGUUACGAAAAACAAGUACAUACCGGUCGGAACUCGAUCGAAGACUUUUUAGAGAACCUAAAAGGCGUAUUCCUUGGACCCGCAAUAUGGGUUAGAGAAACCAUUGUAAAGCCCAACCAGAAAGACUACAACUACUAUCAUGAACAGUUGCGAAGAGUGCCCACUGUUGAUCAAUGUUAUGACGAUGAUAGGCUGUGCAAAUGGGAGGCAAAUCAACAGUUAAUUCGGGAUAAGCUGGUAGAUAGCAAUAUUCUAUCUAUUUUAAGACAGAGGUAUGAAGAUUGUCGGAUUUAUGAAGCACCAGAUGGCAUGAGGAAAUGCAAACCAUUGUCUGAUAUUUACCAGGAAGCUGAAGAAAAUUACUCAAUCAAAUAUGGCGAUUUGGGAGUUGCUGUCACUGCUGAAAGAUGCUAUGCAAAACAACUGAAUCGCAUGUUAUGGGAGAGACGCCAUGGACCCGUUGGAACCGGAAUGAAGAAAGAUAGCUUGUAAUCAAUGAUUUUUAACACACAGUAUAUAAUUAUACAGAAGUGUAUAAAAUUAGAAAACAAACUCAGUCAGGAAUUUAGAGAAGAAAAUUAUAUUCUGAAAUGUUCAAUAUGAAAAUGUAUGUUUUUUUUUUUAAUACAGGUACUUUGUACAAAUUGUUACAGUUAAUUAUUAAGCAUGUGCAAAUACAAAUAUUGAGCCUUAG